AUGUCGAAUGCUCAAUUUUUAAGAGAAUAUAAAAUUGUAAUUGUUGGUGGUGGUGGUGUUGGAAAAUCUGCAUUAACGAUUCAAUUUAUCCAAUCACAAUUUGUUGAUGAAUAUGAUCCUACUAUUGAAGAUUCUUAUCGUAAACAAUGUGUUAUUGAUGAUGAAGUUGCUUUGUUAGAUGUGUUGGAUACUGCUGGACAAGAGGAAUAUAGAGCUAUGCGUGAACAAUAUAUGCGUAGUGGCGAAGGAUUUCUUUUAGUCUACUCCAUCACAUCACGCAACUCAUUUGAAGAAAUUGCAACUUUUCAUGAACAGAUUCUUAGAGUUAAGGAUAAAAACUAUUUCCCAAUAAUUGUGGUAGCCAACAAAAGUGACUUAGAAAAAGAAAGACAAGUUUCAGAACAAGAGGGACAAGAAUUUGCUAAACAAUCCAACUGUAGAUUCAUUGAAACCUCAGCUAAACUACGUACUAAUGUUGAUGAAGUGUUCUAUAAUCUUGUUCGUGAAAUUCGAAGAUACAACAAAGAAUUGCAAUUAUUACAAGACAUUGAUAAGAAAUCAUCAAAUAAUCAACGAAGCGUAAAUGGUGGUAAAAAUGAGCAUUUUGAUUCUGUUAAUAACCCACUAAAAAACAAAUUUCAAAAGAAUGAUUCAGGGAGUGAAAUUGAUUUUGAUGAAGAGAUGAAACAAUUUCAAGAUUUAGACAUGCCUAAUUCUUUAAUAACUAAAAUUAUUGAGAAUGCGAUAGGUAACCAUCAAAUAGAAAAUAAUGCUAAAUUGGCUAUAAUAAAAUCAAUUACACCUUUUAUAAAAUUGAUAAGUAAAAGUGCCAAUGAAAUUGCAAAAGAUAAUAAUCAUAAAAACAUAAUAGCUGAUGAUGUAUUCAAAGCAUUGGAUUCUAAUAAAUUUAAAGAAUUCAUACCAAGGCUAAAAGAUGAAUUAAAAGAAUCUAACAAUGGUAACAAUAAUAAUAGUAACUCAAAGUUAAAAGAAAAAAGAUCAAAAAUUUCUUCUUCUAAUAAUAUUUCCACAAUUGGAACUUUUGUUGAUAAUUAUAAUAAAAAUAAAAGUAAUAAAAACAUUACUAACAGUGUUGUUGAUGAUAAAAAUGAUGAUGGUGAUGGUGAUGACGAUG